CCCGUCCAAAGUUGCUGGCAUAGAUAUCUGCACGGAGCUCUGCAGCACUAUGCCGUGGUCAGGACUGGCACUUUGGUUUCUUGGAUUAGUUCCGACUUCUUCCUUUCCUAGGAGGUUCGUGGUCCAGCCAGUAAGGUUGACUUCGGGUUUGGUUUCAGCAAAUUUGGACACUUGUGGAUAUAGGCUCAUCCCAGAGCAUAGGUGUUAUAUAAGUAGCCGGUUUCUUCUUGGGAGCAGGCCGCGAAGAUGUCUUCUCUUCUGUUCUUCUUCUGAAUUCUCUCUUAUUCGUUAUCCAGCGCAAAUGAUUGCAGAGAAUGUUGAUUGAAGAAAUCUAUGUCGCCUCGUAGUGUCUUUCCGUUUGCGGACCUGCUUGGUCCCGUCCUGGGAGCCAGAAAUAGGUAUUGUGUCGAUAAGACAUGGUGUGUGGCAUGGUCACCGGCUGUGGGUGAAUUCGAUCCUUCUCCAGAAUCCUUGGGGCAGUAAACACGUC